CCCCAAAACCCUAAAUCAGUUUUGCCCAACUUCUCUCAUCACAUCACGAUCGAGUUUUUAGGGUUUUAGCUGUUGCGCUCUGUGAAGGCAGAGAAGAGUGAGGAAUUCGAAUUGCUCUGCUUCAGUCUGGGUUGAAAAAAUGGUGGCGGACAAGAGCAAAAAGGCGAAAACCGAAGAAGAGAACGUCGAGCAAAUCGAUACAGAGCUUGUCCUCUCAAUUGAAAAGCUUCAAGAGAUCCAAGACGACCUCGAGAAGAUUAACGAAAAGGCGAGUGAUGAAGUGUUGGAAGUGGAGCAGAAGUAUAAUGUGAUAAGGAAACCUGUUUAUGACAAGCGUAACGAGAUUAUCAAAGCCAUCCCUGAUUUCUGGUUGACUGCUAUUUUCAAAUAUCUAAGCUCUCUGGAUGUUGAGGAUGCUAAAGAUGUGAAAUCCGGAUACUCGAUCACUUUUUACUUCAAUCCCAAUCCAUAUUUUGAGGAUGGAAAACUAACAAAGACUUUUACCUUCCUCGAAGAAGGGACAACAAAAAUUACAGCCACCCCUAUCAAAUGGAAAGAGGGCAAAGGCUUGUCAAAUGGAGUGAAUCACGAGAAGAAUGGAAACAAACGUGCAUUACCUGAAGAGAGCUUCUUUACCUGGUUUAAUGAUGCUCAACACAAGGAGGACGUUGAGAUUGAGAUGCAUGACGAGGUUGCCGAUAUCAUCAAGGAAGAUUUGUGGCCCAACCCUCUCACCUAUUUUAACAAUGAGGCUGAUGAAGAGGACUUUGAUGGAGACGAUGAUGGAGAUGAAGAGGGGAAAGAAGGUGAUUCUGAUGAAGAUGAUGACGAAGAAGGUGAUGAGGAAUGAUGGGAAGGUUGCCCAGAAACCACAUUUGCUUACAUGUCUUCUCUAUAACAGAAUGUGUAAAGUUUUGUGUGUUGAGAGGUUUUUAAUUUAAAGCAAAAUGGAUUAUGACGACAACAGACAAGCUUUUAUAUUUUACCAUAAUAGUUACAUCUUGUUGUAUGAAACCAUAUUCAGCCUUUUGUUGCAUAACCUUGCUUAAAUGGUUUUUGAGUCUUACA